UAAAGGUUUGUGGUGGCACGUAAACAGAAAAAUAUGAAAGUAACAACGAUAGAUAGCCAACGUUUGGUCACUCUGCAGCCAGUUAGUUAAACACAGUUUUUGCUUUUCAAUUCGCCUUUGUCACUUGUGAAAUGUUCGUGUCGUUUGUGCGACGAAUAAGUGAGUAAACAACUGAGCGCCGCUUAGUCAAUUCGAUUAUGCUGGUAGUGUGUUUAAAUGGAACGUUACUGAUUGCUGAUGCUCGCUAGAUAGUCUACGAUGAAGCAGAAUACUUGGCGUAAGCACGUCAACUAUUCCGAAUGCGAAUUUCAACAAUAAAAUAUAAUAAGGAAAACAACGUUGGAGAAAAUUUAAAACAUAAUUCAAAAGUCCAAUAAAAGUAGUGCAAGAUUUAAUUAGUGAGCCAACGAUAGAAUAAAGCUCAGAUAUAAUCGAAUUUGAUAAGAGUAAAAUAGCGUACAGACCGACGAGGGUGGCACCCUGAACGCCAAGCGCAUGGAGCAUUUAAUUAGUCACAAUCCAGCAAUAGAGGCAGCAGCAGCAACAUCAAAAAUGUCAGUAACGCCGUUAGAAGAACAUCGUAAAACGCUGCGGCCGCAGUGUAGGAAGAAAGCCUAUAACAGCGGCCACCGCCCAAGUAACGCGUGGAGUCACACCUGGCGAAGCAGCAGUGGCAGCAAUAGCAGCACGAACGCUAGCAGUUUAACGCACUUGUUUACCUUUCGUUCUGGCCACAUAUUGCGUUUGGCAACGUUAUUUUUCGGUACAUUAUUAACGCUGGUAAGCGCUCAAACUACAGAUCAAUUGCAAAUUGUGCCGAUCGCUGGUGAUUCAACAUUUUUCUACGUCGGUUGCUAUACUGCACGUUCAGACCUCUUUAAGGAAUCCAUAUACGCGAAGACACCGCAGUCAUGUGUUGAAAUGUGCGAACAUCAAAAGUUGAGCUACGCUAUAUUGUCUGCGGAGCGUUGUUUCUGCACGAACAAUGUGAUUUCGAAGGAUCGCCAGGAUGACAAUCUUUGCAACACUCGUUGCUUAGCUGACAAAUCUCAGUACUGUGGUGGCGUCGGCGUACACAGCUAUUAUUCAACAGUCUGGGCUGCAGAGACGGCACCGCGCAAUUUACGUGUGGCAAACGUAACCGAGAACACAAUUACAAUUGCUUGGGAUAUGCACGUGUCCCCUAGCAAAGUGUUCGUUGCUGGUGUGGAGGCCACAGCAAUCAAUCCAGUGAAAGAGAUUACGAAUUUCCUCAUACGUACACAUGUACUUCACUCGUAUUCAACGCUACCCUUCUUCCCCCAACCUGAAUUCAUUGUGCAAAGCAUGGAGACCAGUUUCGAAAUUACUGACCUACAUCCGGCUACUGAAUACAACAUCACCGUUGAAGCAAUGUGCGCUCAGGAUGUGUGUGGCAAUGGCUCGUUGCACGCCAGCACCGAGGUCGGAAUACCGAAUCCGUUGCCACCACAGCCGCGUAUUGUACGCACAACUGACUCCACUAUGACUAUAGAAAUCGCGCCGCUACGGAAUGAUAACGGUCCACUAACUAAAGUGUUGGUUAUUGUGGAACGCGUCGAUGAAUCGUUGAGUCAACCCUUCGAUACCGAGCUUUUGGGCAGCUGGCAAAAGGCGCAAGAAGAUGGCUUACCGUACUACAUAGCUGCUCAAUUGGAUUACAAUGCACCAGAGGAUAAUCGGACAAGUCUCUUUAUUGUAGGCGAUGGUAAACGUUAUGGACCCUAUGUCAAUAUGCCAUUAAAUGCCACCGGGGCCGAUAUACAUCUCAGUUUGGGCGUGGUCAGCACAUUAAACGGUGUAACAAAGACCCUGUAUACUCGUGGCUCUCACGAGCAACACUCAAUUACUUUGGACAAUUUUACCUACGCUACCUUCGACUCGGGCCGUGCUUCGAUUAUUGCACUGACCGUCACCUGUAUUGUGUUUGCAAUUUGUUUGGUACUCAGUGUGUUCACUUAUUUUUAUUUGCGCUAUAAGACCUGCCAGGCGCGCAACGUCAUGAAUCGCAAUGCCCACGAGAUGACUAUGCAACAACCGAUCAUCGAGCGCGAGAACAAUGGAUUUGUGGUGGAGGAUGAACUACCCCCUGCUGAGAAUUUCCGCCAGCAGCUUGAUGUGCUCAUCUCGACUUUAGACGCCAGUAAGCGUUUGCCUCGCAAUGCGCUGCGCAUGAAUGUUAAUGAUAUCUUUGCGGAGGGUCGUUACGGCGAGGUGAUUACUGGCAAAUUCAUCUCUACCGCGCUGCCGGAAGCCAGUGCCGACUGUCAGCUGCAUGUGCUAGCAUUGGACGAAUUGCAGGGCAAAGAGCAAGCACAUCUGUUGCGCGACUUCCGCAAUCUUUCCAAGCUGCAGCGGCACGAGCAUUUGCUUGAUUUUUACGGCAUCUCAGCCAGCUCCGAUUGGUUCUAUUUAGUGUUUGAACAUCAAAAUGUAAGUUUAAAACGACGACUUAUAGAGAGCCGCCGUGUACCUAGUUCAGCGCCCAUGCAACGUAUUACUGCUCUCUCUGAGGAGCUAGUACUGCAGUGGAUAUACGAGAUAGCCAGUGCGUUGGAGUAUCUCACCAGUUGCAAAGUAGUGCACAAACAAUUGUGCUCACAUAAUAUUUUCGUCACAGCCGAUGCCAAAUUGAAGGUGUCCUUAUUCGGCCCAAUUCCGUACGUGCAAAACCAAAAGAAAGUCGACAUUACCCGUUGGUUGGCACCGGAAGCGUUACGUUAUCAACAUUUUUCCGUUAAAUCGGACGUGUGGUCAUUUGCUUGUGUCGCCUGGGAGUGUUGCACCUUGGGCGGUACACUAUAUUCUAAUAUAAAUAAUACACAACAGCUGCUCGACGCAAUUAAGAGCGGUUCACGACCCGCACAACCGACAUUCGUCUUUCAGGAUUUGUACCAACUGUUGCUCAACUGCUGGCAGUUAGAGCCAAGUGAACGUAUCAAUUUCGACGAGAUCGCGUACAAUGUGCGUCAGCUGAUGACGUCACCACGACACGCGUUGUGCUUUGAUCGAGCGACAGAAAUGCCCGGCAAUAAUGUGCUCGACACACUGCCAUACUACAUGCCAAUGCUGGAAAUGCUCAACUAGGCGAGCUAGACAGCUGUAGCCGCUGCUGACAGGUUAGAGAGCCGCAUUGACGAAAGACGAAAAUAAAGGACAGCCUGUUUAGAUUCAAAGGUUUAUUUUAGCAAUGCCGGCAGACAAUGAAGACGAAAUCACAAAUUCUGGUUCUCAAAUAUGACCAAAAAGCCCUUGUGUGUCAUUAAGUAAAAUCUAUUGUUAUUUACAAAAAUAAAAUUAAAUUUAGUUGUAGAUUUAUUAGCGCAAUGAGUGAAUUGCUUAAUAACUAUAUUUAUAUACAUAUGUAUGUAUCCUAGCUGAAAUUAAGAUAUGCAAGUGUUCUCAGUAUAAAAUGUCGGUAUUCUGAUUUGCAACAGAUUUAAAUAUACUAUUUAUGAUUAAUGUAAAACCAAAUACCCAAGCAAGCGAGGGAGAAAUUUGUAAAGAAAAAACGCAGCUUAUAAUAAAAAAAACCUUUUUUGAAGACACUUGAAA